CAUGGCAACAGAGUGGACUUCUCUCUAUGCUUUUGACCAAGAACAAGAUGUUCUUGAUGAUGAUGAUGAUGAUGAUGAUGAUGAUGAUGAAUUGAUGAUGAUGAUCUUGGUUGAGAAACCAAAGCUCAUUGGUGGAGAACACAAUGAGAAAUUUCUCUUGUUUCUCCGCCCUCUCAUGCACUAGUGUUUGUCCUACAAGAAUAUUUCCUUUAAUAAUACUCAUAUUUACUCAUCUUUGAACUUCAUUCUUCACCUUCAACAUGAUGAACAACUCUAAUCAACAAGUUCUCACUCAAAACUUCCAGGAACCAUUUGCACGUAAGAGAGAUCAUCCCUUGUUUGAAGGUAUUAGAAGAAGUGUUUCCAUGGUGGCAACUCAAGAGAAUGCCUCAAUUUCAAGCUUAACACACUCACUGUCUUCUAUUUGGGAGUUUGAGUCUAAAAUCAGCACUUCAGACACUGUAAGCAUUGCUGGUUCAUUGAUAUCAGAGAUAGAUGAUGGGAACAUUAAUCAGAAUAUCAAGGCCAUGGAUCCUCCAGGAACUGUUUCUCCUCACUGUGCUGCAUCAUUUUACUCUUCUUCCAAUCCUUCAACUAAAAUGUGUUCCAGUGUUGCAAUGUUGAAUGAGUAUCUGAGAGCCAGGAAGGAUGAUAUCACUGCUGGUGUUCCAGGGAUGCUUUUGUUUGCUGUGAUUGGACAGGAAGAUGCUGAUAUAGGAUCUGUUGUUUCCACAAUUUUGUAUGCUUAUUUCUUGAAUGAAGCUAGAGAGAGUAGAUAUGACUGUUUUGUGCCUGUAAUUAACAUGGAGAGAGAUGAUUUAAGGAUUCAUCCUGAGCUCAAUUGGCUGCUUCAUUCUUGUCAAAUUGAAGUUUCUAGUUUGGUUUUCAUUGAUGAGAUUGAUCUGACAUACUUUGAUGUGUAUGGUAGUUUAAAUCUUGUGCUAGUGAAUGGUCAUAAGUUACCAAGAAAACAAGAGGGAUUAAAAGAAGCAUUAGUAGAAACCAUAAACAGUGAGGACAGCUCAAUCUGCACAUUUGUCGCGGAACAGUUUGCAGAAACAUCACCAGAAAUUCUUGCUGGGAUUGGAAUUUGUAGACUUCUGUUAUCUGGUAUAUUGUUAGACACAUCAAACUUGAUGGGUGCUAAGUGCACCGACAAAGAUAAAUACAUGACGACACUUCUAAUCAAAGGCGCUGGCCAAUUGGGAAUUAAUGGACUUUAUCAAACAUCAUUGAUGAUUUUGCAGUGAAACACAAAAAGCUCGACA